UUUUUUUUUUUUUUAAGAUUGGUGUCCACUAGUAUGGGUCCUUCCUCCUUGGUAAAACAUUGGAGACUUCAAAAAACAAUUAGAGUUGAUCGCUGUUGCAACAGGCUGACUUCGGAGGUACCUCUAUCCAAGAAUGACACUGGAGUAGUGAUGGGUCAGAAAAAUGUGAUCUCUGAGGACUGAGACUCGUUUUGGCCUUGUUAUGCUCAGGGUGCUAGCUUACAGCCUUGCUCAUAAACCUCUCGCUUAAUUACAGGCAAUUGAAUGACUUCUGAAAUCUGUCCCAACUCAGUGACUCCAGUCAUUCUGAGAGUCCCUUGAAGAACGCGCAUCAACCAUAGACGCAUUGUGUAACCCGUGCUUCCUGGGAUCCUCCUCUGGAAAAAUGAGGUUUCAUUGGGGAAGUUAUUGAAGGGUCUUUUCUCGGAAUCCAAGUUCUUUCUCCUUUAAGUGCGAGUUGGGGGGCUGGCCUAGUGGGAGGGGUCUAGGGUUGGAUGAAGGAAGAAGGAAGAAUGAAAGAAAGGGGAACUUCCGCGAAGCGCUGGCUGCUACUUUAGCCAUUCAGAAGUACCUCUCGCCUGCGUCCCCAUUAGCUCCCUUGUCCCCGGGCAUCGGACGGAGAGCCGUCUGCUGUCCUGACAUUUGGAAGAUCACACUGAGAAUUCUACUGAGGUGCUGCUCUCCGGAAGUGACUCUACAAUGGAUCAGGAUAAUGGACAGACCAGCUUGCUGCUGUACAACUUCCUACAAUGUUCCGGUAACAACCUUUUCCAAAAGGAGCUGAAGGAGCUGGACAGUGAGCUGGCCGUGUUUGUCUCCAAGAACGGCUGUUCGGAGCAGGAAUAUGAGCUGCAAACAGAUGGCAAUCGGUGCUAUUUUGACAUGUCCAGAGAGGAGGUCUUAGAUUCAGAAAGCCAAGAAGUUCUGCAGCGCAUAGCGACACACCUUGCCCAGAUUGGGGACAAGAUAGACAGUAGCAUCCAGCCCAGGUUGGUGGAUAACCUGAUCCAGCAGUUCAGAAAUAUUAAUCUGCCAGCUGAGGACAAGAAGAGAUUCCUGGAUGCUGCUAUGGAACAAAUGAUGCAAACAAUUCCUCUGGACCUUGAGCGAGAGAAGGCUCAAUUAUUGCUAGCAAUGCUGUUGGCUAAAAAAGUUAUGACUCAUGCUCCAUCCUUGUUCCGAAGCAUCUUUUACAUCACCGUAGAUUACAUAAAUCAGAACCUUAUUACCUACAUAAGGAACUUAAUCAGAAAUGAUAUGGACUGAAUGGAUUACCUUGCAAAGGCUAUUUACCCAAACGUUUGGACUAUUUAAAACUGCUUUUGAGAAAGCAGUGGUGUCAAACAGAACAGGAAAAACAAAUAUUUUUUAGAUGUUAUGCUUUAAGAAUAAAAACAUUAUAAACAUAGACAAGAUGUUGUUGUUAGUUUUCCUGGAUAUUUAAAAAAGUAAACAGAACUUUUAAUUUGGUGACAUAGUGGAGAGACCAUAAGUGAUUAUCUUCUGUUCCGCUGAACAAAGCUCUCUAUUACAAUGCUACGUCACCUGUUCUGUGUUAAUGAUGGGCAGAGUUGUCUUUAAGCCAAAGGUCUAUCAUUCAUUUCUUGAUAUAGGGUAAGUAGGUAGGUAGUGUCAGAUACAGGAGAUCAUAAUGGAGCACUACCGAGAAUAGCCCAAACUAGAUUAAAAUGUAAUUAAGAAAUAUUUAACUAAACAAAAACAUAGAUAAUGUUAUUAUGCUGCCCAUAGGGAUUCUUAUGCAUAAUUUUGUAUUUGAGUUUGAAAACACUGGCAAUUAUGGAUAUCUAUUGUUUACCACUAGUAGAGCAGAAAAGAAUCGAAAGAAAGUAUCAAUAAAGUUCCAGGGCUAAAUUUCUGCUUUAUACUUGAAAUUUUAUUUGAUGACUUGAAUACAAUUCUGUUAUGAUCUAGCUCAUUUUCUCAAAUGUGGUAAAGACUUUAUAUAACUUAAUCAUGUUUCAAUUUUGUGUUGAUACUUUUUUAUAAUUGGAAAUAAAGUUUAAAAUCGGUUGUCAA